GGAGCGACAAGGUCGACGGAAGGAUGGCAAUGAACAUGGGCUCGCCCGCGGAACUCACGGCCCUCGUCGGCGUGCUCGAGCAGUCUCUCUCUCCCUUGGCCGAGCCUCGCCGGGCCGCCGAGGCCAGCCUCCAGGCGAUGCUCAAGCAGCCGAACGGGCCGCUCCUCCUCUUGAGCGUGCUCCGGGCAAGCGAGGUACCGCAGGCCAUCCGUCUCUCGGCCGCGAUCGCCUUCAAGAACACGAUCAAGAAGGAUUGGGACCCCGAGGAUGGCUCGAUCCACGUCGAAUGCAAAGCGCUCGUCAAGGAACACAUUGUCGGCCUCAUGUGCGAGAUGCCCGAGAGCCUCAUGAAGCAGCUCUCAGCCGCGCUCUACACGAUCGGCGAGUACGACUUUCCCAACCAGUGGCCGCAGCUGCUGCCGCAGAUCGUUGAGAAGCUUGGCAACCCGGGCAGCGACUUCCGCGCCAUCAACGGCGUCCUCGAGACGUCCAACGCCAUCUUCAAGCGCUUCCGCCACGCCUUCAAGAGCGACGCGCUCUUCCUCGAGCUCAAGUACUGCCUCGAGCAGUUCCAGGCACCGCUGCUCAUGCUCUUUGGCUCGCUCACGGCGCGCUUGCAGCAGACGUCGGACCUCAACGACGUGCGUGCGAUCCUCACGGCGCUGCGCACGAUGAGUCGCAUCUUCUUCUCGCUCAACUGGCAGGACCUGCCCGAGUACUUUGAGGACAACAUCAAGAGCUGGAUGGAGGCCUUCGAGUUCCUCCUCAAGUACGAGAAUGCCAAGAUCGCGGACGCGUCCGAAGAGGUCGAGGUCGACCUCAUCACGCUGCUGCACAGCGCCGUCCUCGACAACAUUACGAUCUACGCGGAGAAGUACGACGAGGAGUUUGGGCCGUACCUCCCGAGCUUUACGCAGACCAUUUGGCACUACCUCUCGACGAAGCUCUCGCUCUUCCCCAAGCACGACGACGUGGCGGCGAAGAGCAUGAAGUUCCUCCGGUCCGUCGCGCUGCAGGGCAUCAACAACCACCUCUUUGAGAGCGAGAGCGUCCUCUCCGAGCUCUGCAACUCGAUCGUGGUCCGGAACCUCCAGCUGCGCGAGUCGGACGUCGAGCUCUUUGAAGACAACCCGCUCGAGUACAUCCGCAAGGACAUUGAAGGCUCGGACGGCGACACGCGCCGGUCCGCCGCGACCGAGCUCCUCCGCGGCCUCCGCUCCAAGUUUGAAGCCGCCGUCACGCGCAUCUGCCUCCAGACGAUCACGGUGCUUCUGCAAGAGUACACGGCGUCGCCGCAGACGAAAUGGAUGCAGAAGGACGUGGCCAUCAACCUCGUGACAGCCCUCGCGGCCGUCAAGCAGACGCGGACGCGCGGUGUCUCGGAGGUGCACCCAAGCGUGCCACUGCUCGAUAUCUUCCAAGGCCACGUGCUCCCGACGCUGCAGUCGCCGGACGUCACGUCGCCGACGUCGCUGCUCUUGAUCGCCGGCGCGCUCAAGUUUGUCGCUACGUUCCGCAACCAGCUCCCGGCGCACCUCACGCAGCAGCUCUUCCCCCUCCUCUCGAGCUGUCUCUUGCCCGACCAGUUUGUCGUCCACAGCUACGCGGCCUACUGCAUUGAGAAGAUGCUGACCGUCAAGGACGGCAACGAGCGUCGGUUCACCAAAGCCAUGCUGCAACCGUUCCUCGCACCGCUCCUCAACCAAGUGUUUACGAUCCUCGUCGCGCCGUCGUAUCCCGAGAACGACUACCUCAUGCGUAUGGUGCUGCGGCUCUUUGUCGUCGCGCAAGAGGCGGUCGUACCGUAUGCGGAUGUGUGCGUCCAGCAGCUCACGCUGCUUCUCUCCCAAGUGUGCGCCAACCCGAGCAACCCGGCAUUCUCGCACUGCCUCUUUGAGGCGCUCUCGAUGCUCAUCAACAACGUGUGCAAGGCCAACCCCGCGUUCGUCGAGACGUUUGAGCAGCUCCUCUUCCCGCCGUUCCAGCAAGUGCUCAUGUCGGACGUCGAAGCGCUUUGCCCGUACGUCUACCAAGUGCUCGCGCAGCUCCUCGACCUGACGACCGCGCCGACGCUCUCGUCUGCGUACCACAACCUCUUCCCCGUCCUUCUCUCGCCCGCGCUCUGGGAACGCGUGAGCACGGUCGCGGCGAUCGUCAAGCUCCUCGAAGCGUACCUGCGCAAGUACCCGACGGCCGUCGCGUCGCACAUUCAAGGCAUCCUCGGCGUGUUUCAGAAGCUCGUGUCCAACCGCACGACCGAGACGCAAGCCUUUGCCCUUCUCAAGCCGAUCCUUGUCUGCCUCCCGCUGGCGUCGUAUGAGCCGCUGCUGGUGGAGAUCGUCAAGAUCCUCAUGAUGCGCCUCCAGACGCGCCUCCACGGCCGCAACGGGACGUUGUACGUCAAGGAGAUGCUCCUGACGCUGAGCAUCUUUAUGGCCAAGCACGGCACGACGCGGCUCGUCAAUGCCGUCGAAGGCUGCCAGACGGGCAUGAUGGGCAUGCUCCUUCCGAUCUGGAUCGAGCACAUUGUGCGCGUCAGCGGCGCCGACAAGAAGCCUGCGGUCGUCGGUCUCACGCUCCUUAUCUGCGACUCGCCGUUCAAGCAGGAUGGGAAUGCGAUCCGCACGCUUCUGCCGGCGCUGGCCGCACUGCUGCUCGAGAAGGAGAACAAGUCGGCGCAUAUCGCUGUCAAGACGGAGGACGACAUCUUGCUCGACCUCGAAGAGACCGGGUACGACGCGGGGUUUUCGAGCUUGCACUUUUCGUCGGCUGCGGGCGCGAUCGACUACCUCGACUUUAUCCCGAACCACAAGCGCAUGCUGUGCGAGUCGAUGAGCCAGCUCAGCCGCGCGACGCCCGGCGGGCUGGUGAAUCUGGCAAACGAAGCGCUUUCGCCCGAGCUCCUCCAAGCGUGGACCGCAACGUUUGCCGCCGAAAACAUCCCGCUCAUGUAGGCGCAUUCCCGCGCGGUUUUGAUGGACAACUACCAACAUCUGCAUCUGCCC